AGGUCACAUGACAGCGAGAUCGAAACCCCUGCAGUGUCUUUUCAGAACUGGAGCGUAAAUCGCGGUGUUGUUAUCCGGCAACUCGUUUAUUCUUUUAGAUAUACGUUUUUAAAAUGAGUAUUCCUGUAGUGGACUUCGGUGCAUACAGCCUGAGUGAGAAGCAUGUUGGUGAGGAGCAGAUGCGCAGCUUGAGCAAAGAGCUGGACACUGCUUUCACUGAAGUGGGGUUUGUGUUCCUGCAGAACACUGGGAUCCCCCAGGAGGAGGUGGAUCGUGUUAUGGCCAUAUCCAAGACCUUCUUCCUGCAGCCAGAUGAGCAGAAACAACCCUUCAGCAGGAAGAGCUUUGCUGGGAAUCCUAACCACGGCUGGGUGUCUUUUGGGAUUGAGAGGUUGAAUCCAAGCCGCCCUGGAGACCUAAAGGAAGCAUUCAACAUUACCUCACUUCAGCCUGACAUUAAAUGGCCAUCAGAUGCUGCAAAAGGCUUUAGGGAGAUCCAGACGUCUUUCUUCCAGCGCUGCAAAGAGCUGAGUCUGCGGGUGCUGAGGGUGAUGGCUGUCAGUCUGGGUCUGGACCCCGAGGUGUUCCUCAGUGCGCACAGAUUCAUAGGAGAGGAAGGGAAUUGUACCACACUGCGGUCUCUGUACUACCCUCCAGUAAAGCAGGAGGAGGUGAAGGAGGGUCAGCUGCGGUGUGGAGAACAUUCAGACUACGGCUCCAUCACCCUGCUGUUCAAUAGCUCUGGGGGUCUGCAGGUGCGUCAACGAUCAGGAGAAUUCAUCUGUGCUCCUGCCGUCCCCGGAGCCAUCCUGGUUAACAUCGCUGACCUGAUGCAGCGCUGGACCAGCGAUCACUUUGUCUCUGUGCGGCACAGAGUGUUGCUGCCUCCUGUUGGAGACCACAGCACCCGUCAGUCUCUGGCCUUCUUCGUGCAGCCGGACGACGAGGCUCUGAUCUGCUGCUGCGACGGCUCCAACAAAUACCCUCCGGUGACAGGAGGGGGAUACAUCGAGGAGCGCUUUAAAGCCUCAUAUGGACAAAACUGAACCUCAGAAUCACUUCAUUCAUGCACAACUGUUGAUACACACUUGGGAAGUCUUUCACCGUGUUCUAUCAGCACAUGUUUCUACAUUUUGGAUAUAAUUGUACUUUCAAGAUAAAUGUGUAUGAUUGAAGAAAGUGACACAAACCUCAAACGUGCAACAUCAUUCAUUUUAUUGUCCACAUUCAAACCUUGUACUACAGAUUCAUUCAUUCUUCACACAUGAUGUCGGGAGGUGGACAGAUUUGACAGCUUUCUGGAAAAUACAGAACUCAAUUGCUCAAAAAAUAAACAAUCAUUUCUCUUUGA